AUAGGGAACCACCCUUUAUAAUUCUGAAUUCAAAAGAAAACCUAACAAGUUGAGUCUUCUAAAAAAUGAAAUACCUUACCUUAUGGAAGCAUUUCUCAUUCUUGAAAAAGAAGAGGAAAAUAAUUACUACCAAAUAUGAUCAAACUUUACUAGUGAGUACUGCUAACAACAUGUUUGGUCUAUUUCCAGAAAGUGCUUGUUGUUCAACAUGUCCAGAAGAGGCAUUGGAGAUGGCUAAACAAGCAUUGGCAUCAAGGAGGCUAUCGUUCGAAGAAAAUGAUUCGUGUUCAGUACUAUCCAUGGCUGGUUUCCCUUUCAAGGAUUGCGUAGUUUUAGCUGUGGAUACUGAGAAUCCUAAGAUGGAUUUCAUGCAUUCAAUGGAGCAAAUGACUAAAGCUUAUGGUGGUUGGGAGGGAGAAAUGGAUUGGGGAUUCAUGGAGGAGUUGCUUACUUGGUUCUUGAAGAUUAAUGACAUCAAGAAUCAACAUUUCAUUGUAGCUGCAUUUGUUGACUUGUGCUUGCAAAGGAUCACGUUACAACAACAACAACAUCUCCAUUGUAGUCCCACAACUGAGACAAAGAGGUUGUUUUCGAUCCCGGCUCAAAAGGGAUUGACUUAGUUUCUCCUUUAUUUCCGAUGAGAUCAUGAUACAUAUAUCUAAUGCUUAAGUAGUUAUACAUAUAUAUUAUCAAUGUAAUUUAACAUGUGAUAACAUUUACUUGCCUUAUUUUUCCAAGUUAUUUUGUUAAAAUUGUAGUCCUAAUUAUGUACUUGUUAUUAUUACUAGUAACAUAACAUGAUGUUAUAAGACUAUAAUGCAUUAUCAAUGCACAAACUUUAAUUUGCUAUCCAU